GCAAAUCUGUUUCAAUAGAAUGGGAAAGUCCCUACUCAAAUUGCGACCGCUGUUGAAGUCUGAAUGUACUUAUAAUAAAGAGAAAUGACUUGGUUCAAGAAUGCAAUCUUGGAACUUGCAGCUAAAUAUGGUCACAUAGAGAUUGUUAAGCUGUGCAAAGAGUGGGGUGAGACAGAAUUUGAUUUGCCGAUGGCACUUGCAGCUCUCAAUGGUCACAUCGAGAUUGUUAAGCUGUGCAAAGAGUGGGGUGCGACAGACUUUAAUUGGGCUCUACGAAAUGCAGCUGAAAAUGGUCACAUCGAGAUUGUUAAGUUGUGCAAAGAGUGGGGUUGGGGUGCGACGAACUUUAAUUGGGCUCUACGAAAUGCAGCUCUCAAUGGUCACAUCGAGAUUGUUAAGCUGUGCAAAGAGUGGGGUGCGACGAACUUUAAUUUGGCUCUAGAAAUUGCAGCUCUCAAUGGUCACAUCGAGAUUGUUAAGCUGUGCAAAGAGUGGGGUGCGACGAACUUUAAUUGGGCUCUACGAAAUGCAGCUCUCAAUGGUCACAUCAAGAUUGUUAAGCUGUGCAAAGAGUGGGGUGCGACGAACUUUAAUGGGGUCAUGGGACUUGCAGCUGAAAAUGGUCACAUCGAGAUGGUUAAGCUGUGCAAAGAGUGGGGUGCGACGAACUUUAAUUGGGCUCUACGAAAUGCAGCUCUCAAUGGUCACAUCGAGAUUGUUAAGCUGUGCAAAGAGUGGGGUGCGACGAACUUUAAUUUGGCUCUAGAAAUUGCAGCUCUCAAUGGUCACAUCGAGAUUGUUAAGCUGUGCAAAGAGUGGGGUGCGACGAACUUUAAUUGGGUCAUGGGACUUGCAGCUGAAAAUGGUCACAUCGAGAUUGUUGUAUUGCUGCGUGGUUUUGAUGUCAUUCAUGAUGAAUUGCUGCGGCAUCAUCACAAGCGUAAUUUUUAUGCAAAACAAUGGAAUGAGGUACUGCCAGUGGCGUGGCAUCCGGAUCGAUAUUGGAAUUGGUGUGUAGAUGAGGAAGAAAAGCGCGAGAUCUCUAAAUUAUGGAAGUAAUGUCCAGUAUUUUGAUCCUGGUUGAGGUUUAAAAAAUCUAUAAUAAAGAGAUGCCUUUCCUAUCUGCAGAACAAUUUGAUGCCUUGAAAUCAGAACACAAGAGCAUUAUGAAGUGGCGUGAUGUUCCCACUGGAAUCAUAUUCAAAAUUGAGUAUGUUGAAGAGAUCAAGACCAAAAAAGGUGAUGCAACUGUCAUCACAUUGAUCGAUUGUGAUGGUGAAC